GCUUGGUUCCCUUUCCGGGCUGUGCGUGCGUAGGCUGGAGACAAGGAUCGCCGGGAGAUGCAGGCGCUGCCGGGCGGGGACCUUGAGUGCCUGGAGCUGGUGGGGUGCGGGGGCUUUGGGCUGGUGUACCGAGGAUGGAGCCGGACACUGGGCACCGAGAUCGCCCUCAAGAUGAUCGAGGGGGAGAAAGGUGAUGGCUUGAAAGAUUUCAUGAAGGAGCGGGACCUGAUGCAUAAAGCGAAUUACACGUAUGUUCUUCGUCUUCUUGGUGUGUACGAGAAGCGGGAUGGAGACCAGAUUGAGUAUGGACUGGUCAUGGAGUACAUGCACAAUGGGUCUCUUCGGAGACUUUUUGACAAUGUUCCAGAUGUCCCUUGGGCUCUGAGGUUUCAGAUUCUCCAUCAGGUGGUCCUAGGAAUGAACUAUCUCCAUCAUGUUCUCAAACCCCCUAUAAUCCAUCGUGACCUCAAACCUCGGAAUGUUCUCCUGAACAAGUCCUUAGAUGUCCAGAUCACCGAUUUCGGCUUGGCCAAAACUGCAGGUUCAGCCACGACUUCCUUAAAUCAGUCCAUGACUGGCACUGUGGCCUACAUGCCACCCGAGUCCUUCAAGACCGUCAACUACAAGCCAACCAAAGAGUUUGAUGUUUACAGCUUUGCCAUCUUAACCUGGUCAGUUUUGUCCGGUCAGGAGCCGUACUCUGUGGCCGGCAGUGAUAUGAUUAAGCUACUUAUACCUAAUGGCAGUAGACCCGACAUGGACUUGGUGAACAAGUGGACUUCGGUAAAAAUGGUCGCUGAAGCCAUUGACUUGAUGAUCAAGUGCUGGGAUGAGUUUCCUGAAAAUCGACCCAGUUUCUCCGACUGUAAGCCACUGACGUUAACCAUGACCCGAGCAUACGCUAGAGACAUAGACAAAGCUGUCCACGAGGUGUUGGUUUUUCUCAAGAGACAUUCUACGGCCCGUCGGGGAUCCAAGCCAGAAGACCUGCCCGAUGGUGCUACUGUAUCUCCUAUGACCAACCUUCAAUAUAUGAGCAGUCACUUCAAUAUUCAAGUAUUCAAGGAGUGCUUGGAUCAACAGGAAAGAUCCAAAGCGGAGGUGGAACCAUUUGACGAUCAGAUUGAUUCUAAAGAAUUUUUAAGAAAGCACAUGAAUGCGAUCGUGAGAGCGAACCCUGACAUCGGUUCCAUCUUGGAUGAUCUCUUUUCGGAAAAGAUCUUAAACCAAGAGGAGCUCGACUUGAUAACGACCGGCGUUACUGGACAAGAACGGGCGAGGAUGACUGUUCUGAAAAUAAUAAACAAAGGCCAAAAAAGUUCAAACCGGUUAUUAAACUUGCUGCGAAAGUACCAUUCGUCACUGGCGGACUCUCUCCUGCCAUAAACGAUGAAUCGCUUCCCACCAGUUAU